GACGCAUGCGCAGAAUCAUCCCUUCCUCUUUGGUGCCGUUUGCUUGUUUGAAUUAGAUCUCUGGGAUUGGCUGAACGCUCGCUCGGCGGCGGCGCUGAUUGGCUGAGAUAGCUUCACGUCUCGCUUCUGAUUGGUUUAGAGGAAGGAGCGGUGUCCCGGGCCCUGGGGACUGCCUGGCGCCAUCUUCGUAGUUGCGGCUGGUAUGUGUGCGGUGUGAGGGGCCGGUAACUGUCAUUGUUUAUCACGGAAAACUCCUCCCUGGGGAGCUGCCGCCACUCCUGCCGCCCAGGUCUGCACCGAGGUGUGGUGAAUGAGCGGAACAACGGGCAGACAGGUGACUGCAUCAAUGCUGUGCCCCAGGAUAUGAGCACAAAAAUGAGUCUGAAGAGCGUGCAGUACCAUAAGGAUGCAAAACCCAUGGCCUGUGAGAAUCAGAUUAAUAUAAGGAAUAUGUCUGCUCGGAUGCUCCCAAUUCAUUUCCCUCCAUCUAAAACUGUGCUUUGGGAUUCCACCCCCAUGGGAGAUCCCAUAGGAUUACAUUUCAGCUAUUACAGAAAUCCUCGCCUGCUGCUGUCUGAAAAAGCUUUGCGGCUGUCUUAUCGUCAUGCCAAAACAGAGAGGAAAUUGUUCUCCUGUAUCCUACUUGGCUCUUUUUCUGUGGAUGAUGAUGAAGAAGGCUUAACCCUAGCGAUGGAUCGUUUUGAUCCAGGCCGCGAGAAGGCAGGCAAUUUAGGAAAAGUUCCAUCUGCCCUCUUACCUGGAGAUUUUGCUGUUCCGUGCACUUUGUGUCCAAAGGAAACUACAGGAGACGUUGUGCUGCACACUCCUGAGGACUUCACAGCUUCCUUCAAGGGUCUGCAGAGUCAUCUUCACAGCAAAGAAGCCUUGGAUCUCUCCAAAUUGCUCACUGUGAGAGCUCAUAUCACUUACUCGGAGAACAUGGACAAUCUUCACUUUGAUCUUCGCUGGGCGGCUGUCACUGUAGCGAAUACAUUUGAAAGUACUCCCAUAAAGCCUGUCCCAAUUAUACCCACGGCCCUCGCCAGGAACCUGAGCAGUCACAAUAUUGCCCAGCUUCAAGGAACACACAAAUGCGGGUAUUUGACAAUGGAUCAAACCAGGAAGUUGCUCCUUGUACUUGAAUCCGAUCCCAAGGCUUACACCUUGCCUCUUGUCGGAAUUUGGUUGAGUGGCAUCACACACGUCCACAGUCCUCAGGUGUGGGCCAGCUGUCUGCGGUAUAUGUACAGUUCUUCUAUUAAAGAAAGGGUGCUUUCGGAGUCUGGCAGUUUCCUCAUAGUCCUGUAUUCCCUCACCCACAAGGAGCCGGAGUUCUAUGAAUGUCUUCCUUGCAUUGGCCAUGAUCCCCUUGGCUUUCAGUUGUUGACAUGUGAGGAUGCAUUACAUCUCUUUAAGAAUGUGGAAUCUUCGAAGCAAUCUCAUCUCCAGUUUGAGCUUUCCACUGAGAGCCAGAAUUCAGAAGCGUAUCUGUUUAAUGAAGUUUCCAAGACUAUUUCAGCUACUGUAUUCAAACCAAAUAUGUCUCCUUGUAAAUUAUCCGUGAGUGACCAUGAUUCUGGAGUGGAAGAUGAGGAUUUUUCUCCUAGACCUUCUCCUCGUCCUCAUCCAUCAUUACAGCAGGCUACUAAAAUCCACCCAUGUGUGCCGGAGCUGUCUCUAGUAUUUGGAAGCCACGUAGAACAAAGACCUGGAGCCCAGUAUAAUAGCGGUAAGAAGAUGCCACCAUUAUCCUCAACACCGAAAACCACCAAUCAGGUCCUGAACCCAUCGUGUCAUAAUAAUGAACCACUUGUGAAAGAAACUUCUGCAAAACCUUCGCUUAUGCCGUUUAAAAAUACCAAGAGCCAAGCUAUGAAAUCGUCUAAAGUCAGAUCAGCCGAUAAACCAUAUAUUCAUCAGAAUCCAAAGGGGCAAACUAGAAGGAAUUCCACAUCUUCAUCUGCGUCCUCGUCUUCUCUGUCCACACCGCGCACGGGCUGUUCACCGGACACGUCGGUUCACCAGGUCCGGGGUUCAGCCGAGCUCGAUCUGAGCUGCCAUGAGCAGCCAAUGAUUCCAUCCACUCACUUGUCCAGACAAUCCCCCCUAUUGCAGUCUCCGACUCCCAAUGUAACUUUUCCUCUUCCACCAAGGAAGCUUCCGGAAAUGCCCAAACAAGCUCCUAACUAUUCCCCUUGCCAUCAAGCCAAUGUCUGUUGCCACAAUAUUGGCCCACAUCAAUGUCAUUCUGCAAGUUCUUGGCCAGUGAUGAGCGGUUAUGGCAACCAUUGUGGCCCGGAGGGCCCAUCUGACCCUUCUGGAAAUAUUGUUUCCCCGUAUCCAACUAUGUGCUGCAAUGCCAUGUAUCCGAGCAGUUGCCAAAGUGGAACUUCGAGAGCUGGGAGUUGCUCGUCACCAGUAGAGAGCGUCAUGUCGCCGGGCAGGAGAGAUUCUUUACCGAUGAACGUGUGCAGUCCUCGGUCAUGCCAGCAUGGUGCACCACCGGCAAUGUCUACAGCUAAUGGGAUGUUGGGAUUGUCUACAGAAGCUUUCCAGCUCCUAGCCGAACAGGACAGACAGCUGAAACUUCUUCAAAUUCAGAUUCAGCGCCUUCUAGAAGCCCAGAAUAAUUCUAAGGAGUCCAGUACCUCACAGACCUCGUCUUCUACACAGAAAGUGGCAGAAUCGGUGGCCACUGAAACAGAAGAAGCUGAGCCCGCCAAAAAAAACAGCGUCAGCAUAGCCGUUGGUACAGGUGCAAGCUUGUUCUGGAACACCCCUCCAUGUCCUGAGGAAGAGGAGACUAUGGACAAACAGGAUGAGUUUGACCUCUGUAAUGAACUGAGCGCCACUGUGAACAAUGAGCAAGAUGCGAGCCGCACCACCGUCGCUUCCUCCUUACACGCUGUAGACAUGUAUAGCUUCGCAGAAAGCAGUCAGCUGACGGACUGCGGCGACUACUCUGCCCUUGCACCAGCGCCCACGAGGAAUGAAUUGGUCUCCCCUCAGCCUGAAUACGACCGCAGAUCGUCUGGGAAUUCCGACCUGCCUGCUCUUCCCCCAGAAAAGUUUUACAAGGACUUACUUAGUCAGGUGAACCAUUUACUGAAGAGCUCUACAAGUGAGGAUCGGGGUGAAAAUGAGUCCAGAACCUGUGAUCCUCCCUCUGAGAAGUCUAGCGAGUAUUUGCCCCCCAGGAACAGUGAGAAUGACCAGGACGGUGUACUGAAGGCUACGCUGAAGCAGCUCAAGUCACUAGGAGUGAACAUUGAACGAGAAACGGCAGACGUGAAGACGAGAAGGUCGGACUCUUCAGAUAACGCCUGCGUUCUUGCCUCCAUCAACCCAGGAGCUGUCAUCCCAAGACUAAACUACAUGUCAUUUACCAAUAUCGGCUUAAGCGGUUUCAUCCCCAACGGAGUGGACUUGAGCAUGGAAGCGAACGCCAUCGCCUUGAAGUAUCUGAGCGAGUCUCAGCUGACGCAGCUGUCCCUGAAUCGCGCCGGCAAAAACAAAUCCCUGGAUCCCUCUCCCCUCCACAGUCUUUUCCCAGGGAGCACGGAGAAGAGCCUCGUCGGCCUGAGUGUAAUCUCUCUCAACAACAUGUCCUUCGCCACUAAGAAGUACUUGAAACGUUAUAACCUGAUCGAGAGCAACGACAGCAGCGACGAUGACUAUGAUUAUGACGAGGCCGACCGCAUCGGCAGCAACGACGACCUCGCGGAAAGAAGCCGGGGAGCAUCCCCCGAUCCGUCUUUAAGGAAAGAAAGUUUUGAAUUUGUUUCCGACCCCAAACCCAACUUGAGAAUCCCGGACAGAGCCAUUCGGGAAUUUUCUCGCAACGCGGAGGCGAAUACCUUAAGGAACGUAACUAAUGAGAUCACCGGGAGGGUCGCCACCCCUGGGGUGCAAACUUCUGAGGAGACGUCUCUGCAGGUCUUAAAAGAUAUUAACCCCAGGGCCAAGCUGAACCCCGGAAAGGGCCACUUCACCGCGCACCCAGAGAAGGAAAAUGGAAGACUUUCCCCGCUGUUGAACCCCAGGGAGUCCGCUAGGAAGGUCUCGGGCCCUGGCGGCUCCGCAGGAGACAUCUUGGAUGUCAACAGACUCCGUCAGCUCCCGAAAUUAUUCUGAGCCAUUAAACUGGAUCUAUUGAA